CCAACAACAAGAAAAUCGUAACAGAAGAUCAAGACCGAAAGUGUUCGUUAAUGGCAAAAUUUACCAAAUUGCGAGUAUUAAACUUCUAUUUGUAAAGUUUUGUGCAAAUUUCAAAUUGUUAUGCAGUUUUUUAUAUUAAAAUCAACAUAAAAUUUACGAAAUACCAAGACAAGCAAUGUCUUGCAGCGUUAAUGGAUUGAAUGCAGUUGAGGAAUGUUCUGGUGUCAAAUUUUCUGAUCCAACAGAAUUAAAAGAAUCUUUUGAAAAUGAAAAUUGUGUUUUUUCAAACAAUAGUUUUGAAAAGCAGUGUCAAUCAUCGAACCACCUUGAUAACAAUACCGAAUAUAAUACACUUUUGAUGAGUAGUUCGCCAUCUCAGAGUAGUAUUACAAUGCCAAAACAUUUUACAAACAUUACUGCAUUGAAACAGAAAAUAAUGAGCAGGUUACCUGGAAAGGUUUGCAAAGAAUGUUUUUAUCAAAGUAUUUAUUCUCAAUUGAGUCGCUUAGGUAUUGUUAAACCGAGUAAUAUUGAUGUGCUCGAAAAUAACAAAAAAAAUGAUGAUCUAUGUGAUGAUGAAGCAUUUCCGCUUCAAGGUGAUAGAAACUUAGAUUCUUGCAAGAAAAAAAGUCUUCUACGAAGUGUAUCUAAAAGAAGUCUUACUGAGAUGGAUUGGUAUGAGUUGACAAAAUUUGCUGAAGGAGAAUUAUUUGAUCCCAACUCUGCUACUGCUCAAGAGAUAUUGCGAGUAAUUGAAGAAGGUAAAGAUGAGUUAUCAGUUGCAUUUAAACUAAUGCAUAAUGUUGACUUUGAAUUUGUGGUAGAGGAAGCAGAAAAAUGUGUUCAAUGUGUUUUAAGCACAGGUUGGAAAGUGGUUUCACAUUGGGAACUACCAACAUGGCUUCGAGACAAUGAUUUUUUAUGGCAUAUGCAUAGACCUCAGUUACCAUCUUUUCGUGAAUGUUUCUCCAGCAUGUUUAGAUUGCAUACAGAAACUGGUAAUAUUUGGACCCAUUUUGUUGGAUUUCUUCUUGUUAUAGCUGCUAUGUUAAUGCUUUAUACUUUACCUGACAAAGUCAUUGGCGAUUUUCCAAAGGAUUGGGAAGAGUAUAUGGUAUUUUCUGCAUUCUUUAUUGGUGCAAUGACAUGUCUAUUGUUUUCAUGGUUGUAUCAUACAUGUUCGUGUCAUUCAAAGAAAACUUCAAGUUUAUUUAGCAAACUAGACUAUACAGGAAUAGCUUGUAUGAUUAUGGGUUCAUUUGUGCCAUGUAUUUAUUAUGGAUUCUACUGUAAUCCCUAUGAAAAAAUUGCAUACUUAGUCAGCAUGAUGGUUCUAGGAAUAUGCAGCAUUAUUGUCUCAUUGUGGGAUAAAUUUGCAACACCAGCAUUUAGACCUAUAAGAGCAGGUGUCUUCCUUGCGCUGGGUUGUUCUGGUGUGAUUCCAGUGGGUCAUAUGUUGGUUAAGUAUGGUUCAAAACAGGCUUUAGAGCAAGCUGCCAUUGGUUGGUUAAGCAUAAUGGGAUUAUGCUACAUUGUUGGAGCUAUUUUAUAUGCACUAAGAAUUCCAGAAAGAUUUUUUCCAGGAAAAUGUAACUUGAUUUUCCAAAGUCAUCAAAUCUUCCACAUUCUUGUUGUUAUAGCUGCUUUUAUACAUCUACAUGGCUGCUGUGAGAUGGCACUUUAUCGAAUUAAAGUUGGACGAAAUUGUUCUCUCUCGCUUGAGUUACCAAUUUUUAAUUCUACAUCUCCUUUUGUCCAAUAAUUUUUUUUUUUUUUUUGUAUAAUGCACUUUACUUAAAAUUUGUUUUAGAUACAAUACUGUCAAUAAAUUGCAAUCCGUGCUAUUUUAAAAAAACAUUAAAACAUAAUUUGAUUUUAUUAUUAUAAGAGAAUUUUUCAAAAAUAUUUUAACUCGAGUUUAAAAAAUUCUUUCAAAUAAAUAUCUAUUUAUUGCCCUAAGUUUUAAGUUCUUUACCAAAGUUAUUUAUUUUUUUAAUAUUUUAUUUUGUAUAUUUUCUGUUAUCUUUUUUUGUAUUUCUAUAACGUUAUCAUAGUUUGAUUUUGAUUAUGUAACAAUGUGAUUUGAUAUAAAGCAAUGUGUAUUUUUUUAAAGAUGUUAAAAAGAAAUAAGUAAAAAUUUAUUUUA